GUUUCGGUUCUUCCGGUGAGAACACUGUUUACGUUUAUGUAGUUAACUGUGCGGUUGUGGUACUUUUUGUGUCUGUGUGUAUGAUUUAUUUAGACGUAAGAGGGAGGACUGUGCUUAUUAUCGGCUGUUUAGAGCAAAGGAAGCGGCAUCAUAUCUGUGGAGACACGGAGAGCGACGUAACACCGGCUCAGAUGACAGUGUGGUCUCUGCAUUCUGAACAUCAUGCUUCCCCGGGCGGGUAAAGAGUUUCUGGUCCGCAUUCGGUUCUCCUGGAGGCCUCUGUUCCAGGGCCGGUACCUGCUGCUUACCAACACGCUGAGCGGAGGGGUCAUGCUGUCGCUGGGAGACGUCCUGCAGCAGACCCGGGAGAACCGGCGGGAGCCAGGCCGAGUCCGAGACUGGGGGCGGACAGGCCGAAUGUUUGUGGCCGGCUGCUCCAUGGGUCCGCUGCUGCACUACUGGUACAUGUGGCUGGACCGAGUUUAUGUGGGCAGAGCCCUGAAGACGCUGAGCAAGAAGGUCCUGGUGGAUCAGCUGGUCGCCUCACCGACACUGGGAAUGUGGUAUUUUAUAGGUAUGGAUCUGUUGGAGGGACGCUCUUUAUCCGAAGGAUGGGCGGAGUUCAGAGGAAAGUUCUGGGAAUUUUAUAAGGUGGACUGGUGUGUUUGGCCCGCUGCUCAGGCGAUCAACUUCUACUUCCUGUCACCCAAGUUUCGUGUCGUGUACAUCAAUUUUGUCACGCUAGGGUGGGACACCUACCUCUCAUAUCUUAAACACAGAGAUAAAAGCCAGCAAAGCGACGUGACAUCUGCCAGCAGUUCUGUGGAUUCACAGCAGAAGGAGCUCCCGUCAUCUGAACCUCUGGAGGGAAAAGCUUAGUGUUCUUCAUUAGCUUUGAGGUUAAUCAAAAGCAAAAAAAAACAAAAACAUUUUGCUGUACUCAUAUUAUCUGACUUUUAAUUCCUCCUCUUAAAAAAAUGCUGCUAGACAACGUUUAUCUUUCUGAGGAGCUGUGUGAUUUAAAGUGGAAGUGCAGACGCACUGAUUAAUUAUACCGUCUGUUUCCAGUUUGUUUCUUUGUGUGAAAGAUAAAAUACACACGCUCCCCAUUGGAGCAUUCAGGGACGAAAGCAGUUCCACUGCCCUCAGCUGCUGCACUUUCAAGUGUGAAAUUCCUGUUUCCAGAUGUUGAGACCGUUGAGAGGAAAGCUCACGACGGCAGUUGUUUAAACAAUCGUCGCGUCUCCACUAAAGCUUUAAGCUGAUGCGGUACAUUUCUCUGUGUGCUGUUUUUAGAUGUUUUCAUAGAAAGAUCAGAACUUUUUAUGAAACAUUUUUUUAUACCAACUUAACCGCGUCAACCUGCGUGAACUUUUGCCUUAAUAUGCAGUCCAGUGUUGCACAUUAUUGUGCCAAAUAAUCUCUGCUGACUUUCUUUAUCCCUAAUGAUUCCUGUUGAAUGAUGCAUGAUGGAUCUAUAAGAUGACAAAUAGUUAAAUCAAGUAUAAUAUAGAAAUAUAAACUCUGUAAAGAUAAUCUUGAAUUCUGAGGAACUGAGGGGGGUAUAUAUUUAUUAAUCAGCUUUCAGUUCAACAUCUGAAACAGAAAGUUUCCACAAAUUGAUUUAUCAAUUAUUGUCCUGGCAUAGUUGGAUCAGUUUGAUGAUGGGGGGCUUUAUUUGAUAAAUUAAUAUCUCAAAAAAUGUUUAACCUACUGUGUUCAUGGAGAUUUUUCUCAUUUGUCUUCACAUAAAAUUUUAAAGUGAAAUGCUAAAUGACAGAAGUCUGUAAAGUGAUUGAUUACAGUUUUCAUAUUUUUAGUUUGUAUUUCUUGUCUGUGUUUUUGUGAAUACGGAGAAAAUAUUUAUUAUUGUAAAAAAAAAUUGCUGAAUAAAUAUGAAUGACGAGAAA